UCUGACAAUUCAUAUCCCUCACCUCUUCCCCUCACACCUCCAUUGAAUCAUCAAGUCUUCAUAGAAUAGAUUGUCGUAAAUAGAAAUUUCUAUUUUUUAUACCAAAUAACAAUUUCCAAUACAAUUGUGCUUAAAUAACGAAAUGUCGAGACCAGGGGAUAGACCAAAUCAAGCUCAAACCUACAAACUAGUUGUUGUUGGUGGCGGAGGCGUCGGCAAAAGUGCAAUUACUAUACAAUUCAUUCAGAGCUAUUUUGUGACCGACUAUGACCCUACGAUUGAAGACAGCUACACCAAACAGUGUGUAAUUGAUGAUAUUCCAGCAAAAUUGGACAUCUUGGACACAGCCGGCCAAGAGGAGUUCAGUGCAAUGCGGGAACAAUACAUGAGAUCCGGGGAGGGGUUCCUCCUGGUGUUCUCUGUGGCGGACCACGCCAGCUUCGAUGAACUGUACAAGUUCCACAAGCAGAUCCUCAGGGUGAAGGACCGAGAUGAGUUCCCCAUGCUGAUGGUCGGGAACAAGGCGGACUUGGAGUCUCAGAGAGUGGUGUCCCUCGAAGCCGCACAGGCUCUGUCAAGGCAACUGAAGGUGCCCUACAUCGAAUGCAGUGCCAAAGCCCGCAUGAACGUGGACCAGGCUUUCCACGAGUUGGUCAGGCUGGUCAGGAGGUUCCAGGAGGCCGAGAGGAUCCACACUAAAAACGAACACCCACCGAAGAAGAGGAAAUGCGUGAUUUUGUAACGGAAGACUUGCAAGCUUUAAUGUAGAGUGAGUGUUGCCAGUUUAUUUUUUUAUUUAUACUUUUUUGAAGGUUAUUAAAAGUUUUGUUUGAAAUAGAAAAUAAUAGGGAACACACGAUUUUCUUUGGGUCCAUGUUUGUAAUCCAUAAAUUUUAAUGGUAUAAUUAGAAAACGGCAGAUUUUUGUUUUACAUAAAUUUGAUAUUAUUUUGCAUAACUUUUUAUAUUCAAAACUGUGAUCAUGCCAAAAUUAUUUUCUUUAAAUUAUGCAAUAAAAGAAAUGGUAUCAAAAAUGGACCCUUAAAAAAAUUACUGCCCAUUAUACUUAUGAUCACGGAAGUACAUAUUAUCUGGAAGCCUUUAAAAUAAAUCGGAAAUGAAAAUUUACCUCAAAAUUUUUUGUUGCUUCCUCUGUCUCUGUCUAACUACACUAAUUUAAAAAAGACGGAGAUUCGGAAAAUUGUAUUAGAGAUGGAAAUACAAUGAGGUCAGUGGAGUGGAGGUAGUUUUUUUCAUUCUGAUAUUUUUAUUUAGGAAUUUGGCUUCCAGAUUGUACGUACUUCCGUGCAUAAGACCAAUGAUUAUAUGAAUCCUUGGUACAAAUUCAGUUCAGUUGGCAGAUGUAUUUUUAAUUGCAUAUUUUAUGACGACUUUCUUUCGUUUUAUCGAAGAUGUCAAAACGGGAAAAUAUGUGGUUGCCAGAAAACAAAAUUAUAACGAAAAUGCUUUGUAGUUAUAAUUGAAAAAAAAUAGUAUAUUAUUAAGCAUCGACAUACGGAUUCUUCAGCUAUAUCUGGCGGCGAAAAAUAAUGAAUUUUAUAUGAUGGUGCUAAUUUUUUGGUAGUAUUUUACAGUAGCUCAGGAUUCUACUUAUCCUAAGUAAUUACGCGCCAAGAUGCAGUUAGUUUUUUUUUCAAUUUAGUCUCAUGAACAUACUGUUUUUUGUUAUCGAGACAAUCAUUUCUCUUUAUUCACAGUGUUACCGCAUAACAGAAACAUAAAUCACAAUAUUUUUUUUUUUAAUAAUCACAUUCUUGAAAAGGUUGUAUACUUUUAAGUUUACAUUGCACCAUAUAGUUAUUUAUAGACAAAAUAGAUUUAAUUUCUCUACAGUGUAUUUUUUGAUAUUAUACAUUUUUAUCUACAUUAUUUUUGUAACAACUUUUGUGGCUUUCACAAAUUUAAUAAAAUAUUUAUUCAGUUUUAGUAUAAGGUUAAUUUGUUUUAAAUCAGGAUGUUACUGGCAAAAUUGAUAUUUUGCUUGGUUUUAUACCUGAUUUAUCAAAAUAUUACAUUUAAUUAUUUCCAUAGGUUAACAUAUUAUUUGUUUUUAAUUUAUGUAAACGUUUUUGUUAUAUUCACAAUAUUCUGUUUGCUUUAUUUUUUACUAUUCAUUUAGACGUUCGGCAUUAUACAUUAACUAAUCAUUCUUGUGCAAUAUUAUUUCCUACGGUGCCAUACCAACAUUAAUUACAAGAAAUAGUUGAAAAUUGGGUAGAAAAACACUAUCUGCAAUAGUUACGCAAGAAAAAUUUUGUUAUUUAAACUUUAUAAUGAUUAAAAAGAACAAUCGAUGCAAUAAAAACGAAAAAAAAUUUUGUUGUUUUAAUAUUAAAUAUUGCAUUCUAAUUAAAUGUAACCAAACUAAGUAUGUUUACACACGCACACAUUUUCUUUUUUUUUAAACAUAUAAUUGUAGUGAAACGUCUUGAAACCAAAUACUAAUUUAUAUAAUUCGUUAUCGUACCUUUUCAGUGAAUUAUUUAAUUUAGCAUAAGUUUUGCGUUUGGAGUAUAGCAAUGCUCUGGACAAUAUAAUACUUUAAUUAUGAGUGUACCUAGUAUAAAUGUAAUAAAAUAGUAAAAAUAUAAUCCCCGCUGAAUAAUGCGAAAAUAUUAUCCAUUACAUUUUGAUACAUCUUUUAUAAGUACGUUAAAUGGGAAAAAACUAUCGCAUCAGAAAUAAAUUAAACGUUUAUAACUCUUACGAUUUUCGAAAAUCAGGAUUUGAACCCGGAUCCAAAAAAGAAUGUAACUUUUUUAAAUAGAUUUAUAAUAUAAUAUAUACAUUUUUGUAUUACAUUAGUUUUUUUUACAUUUUACGCUAGUACAUAAUGCAUUCUUAUAAUCAUAUACAAUUAUUAUUUAAUACCUAUAAGGUUACUUGAAGACACUGAACUUUGUCGUUGUUAAGAAAUACAGGUUUACUUAAUAACGUUUUCCAUUACAUAAGAUUCACAAUUUAUUAGCUUUAUUACUUUUUAAAGAAGUUAUAUACUAUAUUAUCGCAUAUAUUUUUGAAAAUUCCAUAAUUUACUGUUUUAUAUUAUAUCAUAGAAAUUUGACAAAUUUUUAUAUUUAAAUAAUAUGAAUUUGUAAUCGAUUUUAUUGAGUUAUUAUUUUAUAAAAAAAUCACUGCCAUUGUUUCUGUCGAAAUUAAACGUUGUGAAAUUAAGCCAGUAAAAUAAUAAAAAAAAAAAAUAAGAUUGGUAAAAAAUAUGGUUUAAAAGCUAAAUAAAAUAAUUUUACAUAGGCCAGACGUGUCGCGUAUGAUAUAAUUCCGUCACACACGAAGCUAUUAUAUAUAUUAUUUCUUUAUUUCAUGUAACGUAUUAAUUUAUUAUUGUCUUACCUUAGAGUUAAGGUAACAGUAUUCCGUAUUCGGACUAAUACUAGGAAACUGCAAAAAAAAUACAUACAUAAUUUUAAAAAAAAUAUUGCAGAACAUCACUCUCAAAUCACACCAUGCUGGUUAAUAAUUAUAUUAAAACGGAGUGAAUUAAAAAAAAACACUUUUUAUUUAAUUUCGUAACCAAGUGUUAUUGGAAAAUGAAAAGCAUUAUUUAUAAAAGAGGGGUUGAAUUUUUUUUUUUCAUAUUGUGUUCUAUCAAAUUAAUUAUUUUCAAUGUGUGGUUACGACAUUGUUGUGUUGAUGUUAGUUAUUGCGCAAAAUAUAAAGUCAUCACUCCAGAAUUUUUCUUUUUUUGCCUACAUAAACUACAAUCUAAGUAUAAUUAAAAAAAUAAUUUAGUAUGUAUAUUUAACGCAACCCUUGUCCGAUCAGAAUAUGUAAGUCUUAAUGGUAAUUAAAUGUAAAAUAAAAAAAAACAUAAGCUAACUUAAUAAAUAAAACAUUAUUUAUAAUAAUUUCCCAAAUAUAAAAAAAAUAAUAAAGUGACAAUGCAGUAAACUAACAUUCCAAAAUUUACAUGUUCCGACGUGUAAAUUUUGGAAUGUAAGUUUACUGCGAUCGGACAAGGUUUUCGUUACAUUUUAAUAAAAGAAUACCCUGAAAUAUUUAUUUUGUAUGUUUUAAAUAUGAUGUAUCUUUACUAUUAUAACUUUAUUGGACGGCGUCUGCGCAUCUGAUGUUCGCAAAAAAAUUAUCUCAUUAUUUUUGGAUCCCGAGAGAUUAUAUCCAUUUAUAGGCAGCUUAUCUCGAAGACGUUGUCAUUUUUGUUAGUCAUAACUGUAGGUAUUGUUAGUCAUAACUGUCAAAUACAAGUUUUUUAUCAUCGAUUUUAUCGAAAAUAUCGACAUAUCGAUAUGGAAACGCCGUUCAAUGUACAGCACUAGCUAGGCGAGUGCAAUAAUCAGCUUUAAUACGGGCACCGCCCGAUAACAGACUAAACUGUUGUUCAGCUUAUAUCGUAUUGGAUUAAACAUAUUGUAACAA